GAGUUGAAAAAUAAUAGUUGAUGUUCACAGAUAUGUAAAAAGGAAGGAGUGUGUUUUGCAAUCAUACACAGGAAAGAAAAAGAGAGAGACAGAGAGAGCCAGAGAGAGAGGGGGGGAGGGAGAGAGAGAGAGAGAGAGAGAAAGAGAUUGUAACAGCAAGGGGCCGCUCCUUUUUCCUUUAUCGCCUGCUUCAUUUCACCGACACACAAGGCAAAUAAAGCAGCUCCUCAUCUCAAAGGCUGAUAUGAAUGGGACACAGUUUUCUGUCCAUGCAGUCAACCGGCUCCCAACGAGCUCCAACACCUCCAGCAGCCCUUGGCAGGUGGAGGCGGACCGGGGAGUCCAGAUGGCAGCUACGUUGCUCAUCUUCCUGGUGGGUGUACCUCUGAAUGGGCUGGUGGUUUGGGCACUCGGACUGCAGCAUAGUCGCCACCUGGUGCGCAGAGGCAGCGGCGAGGAGACGCGUGCUGCCAGCAGCUUCCGUAUUUAUGUCCUAAACCUGGCCCUGGCCGACCUGGUGCUGCUCCUGCGUACCCCCCUGAUGCUGGGCUACGUCGCUCACAACUACAGCUGGCCGUUCGGACGUGUCUUCUGCCACCUGGUGAUGUUCCUGCGAGGUCUGGGGCUGUACGCCUCCGCUUUCCUCCUCUGCGCCGUGGCCCUGGAGCGAUGCCUGUGCCUGCUGAGGCCCGUGUGGGCUCGACUGCGACGCCCCUACUGGGCCGUGCCCCUGGCCUGUGGCAUCUUGUGGCUGAUAGCCACCGUCCUGUCGGCCCCGUACCUCCAGAGAGCCGUCCUGAAGGACAUAAACGGGACCUUGCAGUGCCUGGAGAGUGGGAAGUUUGACAUGGGGCUGUUUGUCACAGAAACGAUAGCGGGCUUUAUGUUGCCCUUGCUGGUGUUCUUGGGCAGUAACCUGGCUGUAUUUCUCAGCAUUCGGCAUGCUGUGCCCCUAACACUCACCUCCCCUUCCAUGGCCCGCAGGAUGACCAGGAUGUACCACGUGCUGUUUUUCACCAUGCUCCUCUUCCUCACCUGCUGGGUGCCGUAUUUUGUUUGUCGGUUCCUGCGGGCCUUGGCUGACGGACGACCUGAACGGGCCACGCUGUACAAAGGAGCAGUUCAUGGCACAUACAUAUCUCUGUUCCUGGUGUACAUCAAGUGUGCCCUCAACCCGGUGCUCUAUGUGUUUGCUGCGCGAGGCUUAGGCCGCGCCAUCAGAGCUUCCGUCGUCUCCACUAUUCAAAGACUUUUCAACGAUGACUCCUCAGAGUCCAUACGUAGGAAAUCACUUAAGAGCUCACUUAAAAACUCACCAAUGUAGUUGAGAGGUCAACAACGUUUUAGUGUAAUAUGGAGUCGUUUGUGUUAAAAUCAUGAAUGCCUUUUGAUUUUUUUUAUGUUUUCAUUAAUAAAAUAAUAACUUUGAGCUGGUUUAUCCAUUUGCACAAUUUGCUCAUACUUCUCCAAAAAAUGUGGGCGGCGUAAAUAAAACUGAGAGGAAAAAGUUUGAUUCCGGACUCGGAUCGAUGGCUCCAGACGCCGUAAUUUUCAGAUGAAGACAUCUCGUGUCCCACGAUUUGUCAGAAAGAGAGUGAACAGUGAUGUGCAUGAGGAGGAAACACAGCCAAGAAGAUCUAUGGAAGCAGCUGUCAUCAGAGAAAAGUACAUGACUGAAGACGGCAGAAAUGCUGCUGCUGUUGCAGCACGCUGAAGGCAGGGUCAUAAUUCAUGAAUCGUCUUGUCUGUCGUUAAUGGGCAGGCAACACCCUCACGGCAAACGACACGCACAAAGUGAACGCCGACUUGUUUGCCAAUGCCAGUCUCCUGGCUGCAGGGUAAUCUUUUUUUCACAUGGACUCCUCCAAGGUGACGCAGCGUUAGGCGCACAUGUACUUUCUUUACCCAAUCCAAGGAACGUGAUAGGGAGUUGUUAUCAACUGUGACUCCAUCAAUCUGAUGAACUCAUGCUCAGGAUGAUAGAGGACUAAAGCACAGGAUGCUGAGCAGGAAGUAGACAUGUUGCAGGACCAUUAUCUCAUUGUGAUUGCCCAACGCUGUCUAACUGGACAAUAACUAAUGCAUAGAUAGCUUUAUCAUGGUGUGUUGUAUGUAAAAGGACACCCGUUCUGUAACAGUCCACACAACUAAUAAAACUGUCAUUGAUGGAA